GAUAUUCAUCCUCCAAUUUGAAUUUAAUUUCAGUUUCAAAUGGAACAACAAUCAGGUACACUAGUGAAGGCCUUGUUGAAGAACACGAACAAUCCGGGAUUAGCAUGGAGACUCUACAAGAGAAUCUCCUCUUCUCCUUCACAAGAGAGCCACGCCACAUCUCUAUCCGCAGCACCCACCAUCGCUCGUAUCCUCGUCCGAGCGCAAAUGCAACAAGAGAUCGACGAGCUUCACAGUCUCAUCCUCUCCUCCUCUCUCCAAAACGCGAAAGCCUCAUCCUUUCUCUCCGUCGUCUCAAUCUUCGCGAAAUCGAAUCACAUCGACAAAGCAUUCUCGCAGUUCCGAUUCGUCCGGUCUCACUUCCCUGAGAAGGGUCCCGGAAUCUACUUGUAUAACGUCUUGCUUGAAGGUUGCAUCAAGGAGAGGCGUGUGGAUUUCGUUUCGUGGUUGUACAAGGAUAUGGUGCUCUCUCGGAUUGCUCCACAGACUUUUACGUUCAAUCUAUUGAUCCGUGCUUUGUGUGAUUCAAGUUGUGUGGACGCUGCACGUGAGUUGUUCGACGAAAUGCCUGAGAAAGGUUGUAAGCCAAAUGAGUUUACUUUCGGGAUAUUGGUUCGUGGGUAUUGUAGAGUUGGUUUGUCUGAUAAAGGACUAGAGUUGUUGAAUUCGAUGGAGAGUUUUGGGGUUUCGCCUAAUAAGGUCGUGUAUAACACCAUAGUUUCGAGUUUCUGUAGAGAAGGUAGGAACGAUGACUCUGAGAAGCUGGUGGAGAGGAUGCGAGGGGAAGGUUUGGUUCCUGAUAUUGUGACUUUUAAUGCUAGGAUCUCGGCGCUUUGUAAAGAAGGAAAAGUUCUUGACGCGUCUAGGAUUUUCAGGGAUAUGGAGAUGGAUGAGUAUCUGGGUCUUCCUCGUCCCAAUAGGAUAACGUACAACUUGAUGUUGAAAGGGUUCUGCAAGGUAGGGAUGCUGGAAGAAGCUAAGACCCUCUUUGAGUCGAUUAGAGAAAAUGAUGAUCUUAGUAGUCUGCAGAGUUACAAUAUUUGGUUGCAGGGAUUGGUCAGGCAUGGGAAGUUUAUAGAGGCUGAAACAGUCCUUAAGCAGAUGAUUGAUAAGGGAUUAUGGCCGAGCAUAUAUUCUUAUAAUAUCUUGAUGGAUGGAUUGUGUAAAUUAGGCAUGCUGUCUGAUGCAAAUGCUAUCGUUGGAUUAAUGAAAAGAAAUGGUGUCUCCCCUGAUUCUGUAACUUAUGGCUGUCUUCUACAUGGUUACUGCAGUGUUGGGAAAGUCGACGCAGCUAAAAGCCUAUUGCAGGAGAUGAUGAGGAAUAGUUGCAUGCCGAAUGCUUAUACUUGUAAUAUUUUGCUCCAUAGCCUUUGGAAGAUGGGGAGAAUGUCUGAAGCAGAAGAGUUACUGCAAAAGAUGAAUGAAAAAGGUUAUGGACUAGAUACUGUCACCUGCAACAUUAUAGUUGAUGGACUCUGUGGAAGCGGGGAAUUAGAUAAAGCUAUUGAGAUUGUUAAGGGAAUGCGGGUGCAUGGAAGUGCUGCUCUUGGUAACCUAGGAAAUUCAUAUGUUGGACUGGUGGAUGACAGCAUGAUCGAGAACAAUUGCUUGCCUGACCUGAUCACUUACUCAACUUUACUUAAUGGUUUGUGCAAAGCCGGAAGGUUUGCUGAAGCAAAGAAGUUGUUUUCUGAGAUGAUGGCAGAGAAACUACAACCGGACUCUGUGGCAUACAACAUCUUCAUCCAUCAUUUCUGCAAACAGGGGAAAAUAUCAUCUGCAUUUCGCGUUCUCAAAGACAUGGAGAAGAAAGGUUGUCAUAAGAGCCUAGAGACAUAUAACUCACUGAUCCUGGGCUUAGGCAUACAAAAUCAGAUAUUUGAAAUCCACGGAUUGAUGGAUGAGAUGAAAGAAAAGGGCAUUUCUCCUAAUAUCUGCACCUACAAUACCGCAAUUAAGUAUCUAUGUGAGGGAGGAAAAGUUGAAGAUGCAACUAACCUCUUAGAUGAAAUGAUGCAGAAGAACGUAAACCCAAAUGUCUUUUCCUUCAAAUAUUUAAUUGGAGCGUUCUGUAAGGUCCCGGACUUUGACAUGGCUCAAGAAGUUUUCGAGACUGCUGUAAGUAUCUGUGGACAAAAGGAAGUCCUUUACAGCUUGAUGUUCAAUGAGCUGCUUGCUGCAGGGCAACUCUUAAAGGCCACAGAGUUGCUUGAAACUGUUUUGGAAAGAGGUUUUGAGUUGGGGGAUUUUCUUUAUAGAAAUCUUAUUGAGAGCUUAUGUAAGAAAGAUGAGCUAGAAGUAGCUAGUGGAAUUUUGCAUAGGAUGAUAGAUAAAGGAUACGGGUUUGACCCUGCAGCAUUGAUGCCUGUGAUAGAUGGAUUAGGUAAGAUGGGAAAUAAAAAAGAGGCAAAUGAAUUUGCUGAGAAGAUGAUGGAAAUGGCUUCAGUUGGUGAAGUAGCAAACAAAGUCGAUCCAAAUGCGAGGGAUUUACACCAGAAAAAGCAUAAUAAAUAUGGUGUAAAUAACUGGCAGAAUAUAUUGCACAGAGAUGACGGCAGUGGAACUGCACUAAAAUCUCUGACAAGGGUGAAAAAAGGAUGGGGUCAGGGGGAUAUAUCAAGCUUUCAGCCUCCGAGAGUUGACUACUUAGACUACUGGGAGGACGAUGUGUAGAGAUAUUGCUUGUUUCUGUUCUCUUUCUGGUGGGGAAAGUUCAUUAUCACGGUCAAGCAUAAAUUUCGGAUGCAGCUAAUCAAGGAUGCAAAGGCUAGUCUCAGUUGACAUGUACAAAGAACAAACUUGAACUUGAAAGAACCUAACAAAAACCAACACUAAGGACUAUGAAACAAGAAAGAAAACUGUUGAUGUACGUUUAGUUCUCCUAGUAACAACCUUCUGAUAUAUAGAGACUGCUAUGAAUUUUGGAAGACAAGUUGAAGUAACGUAGAGUAGGAAUGGACUUGCAGCAGUAACGUUCUCUAUGCUCAUUGUAUACGAUUUUGGCCUUAUUAUAGUAGCUCAUGUAGAGCCCGAGAGAUUUCUGAUGAAGCUAAAUAUACCCUAUAGUAAAAGUAUCUAACACUAAUAAUGUAUAGGAAUCCGAUCUAUUUAGAGAGACCUUCAUGUUUGUUCGGUGAAACUGUAUUUCAGAGUUUGACCUUCAUAUUUUGUUUCCUUCUGUCUUUACGGCUAAGCCAGUAGAAGCAGGGAAGAUGAUUGGUUUGGACACAGAUAUGAUGUAAGAAAGACGUUUUCAAGGGUACUAAAAGUAAAUAUUGCAUUGCUGGGCGGUGAACGCAAGUCGCAAGACCAAGCUGGUGGAGAAAAAGAGGAGAAAGAGCCGCCCACUUUCAUAUUGAAUUUGAAGCCAACUUUUAAUUUUGGGUCAAAGGAACACAACCUACAUAAUUGGGAAAAUAUGUAAGCUACUACACUACUAUUCCUUUGCUUUUAGUCCGCACAGUUUCUGGUUUCUAGAACAAUAGGAGUUUGGUUGGUACAAAGCGACUAAGUUUGUUGAAACAUACACAUACAAAAUGCUUUUUUUUUUAUGUUUUAACAAAAAGU